AUGCCGAUUAAUUUUACUGAAACAACUGGGGACAGAGAGGCUAAAAAUCUUAAAAAUGACACAGAUCAAAUGGAAAUGUUUAUGAAAAUGCCGUUUCCAUUUGACUUCAAAGUGUACUUUUUUAAUAUCGAAAAUCCUGACGAAGUUUUAAUAGGAGCCAAGCCUAAGCUUAAGGAAAUUGGUCCUUAUAUUUACAAUUUAUAUCGUUGGAAAACUAAUGUGGAGUGGAAUUCAACAUCAGAUGAAAUUUCUUAUAACGGUUAUGAAAGAUACGAAUUUGAUAAAGAUAGAUCUAGACCACUGUCAGAGGAAGAUGUUGUAACAAUUAUCAAUACCCCUUUGAAUUCUUUUCUAAUGACAGCUGAAGAAAUAUCCCCAAAUGCUUUACCAACUAUUAACGAUGCUCUUCCAACAAUCUUUGGCGAAAAUAGCGGAAUUUUUCUCAAAACCAAAGUGAAAGACUAUCUAUUCGACGGAAUAAAAAUUUGCAAGGACAAGGGAGUAACUGGAGGUUUCGCCUCAAAAUUAAUAUGCAGUCAAAUUAUUUCGAAAUUAAACACGACGAAAGCUAUGACCCUAUGGGAAAAUUCUGUGUUGUUUGCUAAUCUCAGAUACAAAAACAAUACUUCUCCAGGAAGAGAGACCAUACAUUCUGGCAGCAAUAUUAAAGAUGAGACUGCUGAACUCAUUCGUUUUAAAGGAAACAGUUACAUUAAAUCGUGGCAGGAAAAUUCAAAGUGCAAUAAAAUUAGAGGAAAGACUACAGUAUUUCCUGCCAAUAUAAAAACCAAGUUUAAAUUUAAAUCUUUUAGUUUGGAUAUUUGCAGGUAA